GGAAGAGAGGGUCACGUGUUUCCACUUUUGAUGCCUUCCUUUACGUGUCUCUCAUUUUCAGACGAUGUACUCAUCAAAUGCUAAGAUACAGAAGCCUUUGGGCGAAAAAGUGGAUGAAUUUGAGUCUUCAAUAUCUCAGGCUCUUCUGGACCUCGAGAUGAACAGUGACCUGAAGGCACAGCUGAGGGAACUGCACAUCACGGGAGCCAAAGAAGUGGAUGUCGUGGGAAAGAAGGCGAUCAUAAUCUUCGUUCCGGUCCCACAACUGAAGGCUUUCCAGAAAUUGCAGACAAGAGUUGUGCGCGAAUUGGAGAAGAAGUUCAGCGGAAAACAUGUGGUUUUCAUCGCUAAGCGAACUAUUCUUCCGAAACCGACGCGAAAAUUGAAGUCUAAGAACAAACAGAAGAGACCGCGAAGCCGUACUUUGACUGCAGUUCACGACUCAGUGCUCGAAGAUCUCGUAUUUCCGGCCGAAAUAGUGGGCAAAAGAACUCGUAUUCGUUUAGACGGCUCUCGACUAAUCAAAAUACAUUUGGAUAAGACUUCCCAAACAACUAUUGAACACAAGACCGAGACCUUCGCCGCUGUCUAUAAACGCUUGACCGGCAAAGAAGUGACGUUUGAGUUCCCGGAACCGCUAUUUUAAGAAUAUCUUUGAAUUCACUUAUUUAGCGAAUAAAUAUGACAUAAAAAUCGUAAA